AUGGAGGUGGCGAGGGCGGUGGACCCGGGGGCGGGUCUGGACGUGGACAAGCUCACCUACGAGAUCUUCUCCAUCCUCGAGAGUAAGUUCCUGUUCGGCUACGACGACCCCAAGCUCUUCGCGCCGGCCUCCGCGGGGGCCUCGCCGUCGCCGGGGACGGCCUCGGCCGCCGCGUCGUCGUCGGGGAAGGCGACACCGAUCAGGGCAUCUCCAGCGGCGGGGACGAAGGUCUGCGUACUGUCGAUCGACGGCGGCGGGCGAGCCGCGGACGGGCUGCUGGCCGGCGCGGCGCUGGUGCGGCUGGAGGCGUCGCUGCGGCGGCGCACGGGGGACGACGGCGCCAGGCUGGCCGACUUCUUCGACGUCGCCGCGGGGUCCGGCGCCGGGGGCGUGCUGGCGGCCAUGCUCGUCGCGCGGGGACCCGACGGCCGCCCGCGCUUCUCAGCGGACGACGCGCUCGCGUUCCUCCUGCGCAGCCUCCGCCGUGGAGGUGGCGGUGGCGGCUGCUGGUCCGACGCCCAGAGCCGCCAGGGCCUGCGGGGGCUGUUCCAGUUCCGCCGCCCGGGCGGCGGCGGCGGCGCCGCGGUGUUCCGGAGGGUGUUCGGCGACCUGACGCUGCGGGACACGGUGCGUCCCGUGCUGGUGCCCUGCUACGACCUGGCGACGGCGGCGCCGUUCCUCUUCUCGCGCGCCGACGCCGUGGAGACCCGCGCCUACGACUUCCGCCUCCGCGACGUCUGCGCCGCCACGUGCGCGGGGUCAGCGGUGGUGGAGGCCCGGGCCUGCGACGGGUCCACACGCAUCGCCGCGGUCGGCGGCGGCGUCGCGCUCGGGAACCCCACGGCGGCCGCCAUCACGCACGUGCUCAACAACAGGCGCGACUUCCCGCUCGCCGCCGGCGUCGAGGACCUGCUCGUCGUCUCCAUCGGCAGCGGCGAGGCCGACCAAAGAGAGAGGGAGCGGGAGCGGGGCGCCGCCUCCACGUCCCAGAUCGUCAGGAUCGCCGCCGAGGGCGUCGCUGACAUGGUGGAUCAGGCCGUGGCCAUGGCGUUCGGACAGAAUAGGACAACCAACUACAUCCGCAUACAGGCGACAGGGACGCCGCGAGGAUCGAGCCGUGGCGCGGCGGCGGCGGCGGAGGCGGAGGAGAUGCUGGCGCAGAGGAACGUGGAGUCGGUGCUGUUCCGCGGGAAGAAGGUGGCGGAGCAGACCAACGCGGAGAAGCUGGAGCGGUUCGCGCACGAGCUGGUCAAGGAGCGCGACCGGCGCAGGGCCAGCGCGAGCCCCGUCGCGGCCCCGGCCGUCGUCAAGCACCACCAGCCGUCGGCGGCGCCGGCGUCGUACUCGAGCCUCGUCAGCCACACGCUCGCGAGCAUCAUGUAG